AUGAGCUUUACAGCGACAGAGGAGAUGAACAGUGCAGGGAUGGCAGUUCUCAGCAGGAGAACACAGAAGAUGCUGAAUCCUCUGUGGGAAUGCCUGAGGUGCACAUCGCUGCUUCCCCCUCGGCGAGGUUCUUUCUAUCUAGAGAAGGGCAGUGGGAUGUCGGUGGGAACAGUUUUGGCGUUCUGGUGCCUCGAGGGGUACCAGCUGGUGGGCAGCGAGAAGAUCGCCUGUGUCCUGCGUAGCGACACCGCUCAGUGGAGCAACUACCCACCCGACUGUGAGGCCAUUCCUAAACCGGAGGACCGUGGGCUGAGAGCGGCCGUGCUGGCAUCGAUAGUGAGCAGCAUCAUCAUCCUCGCCAUGUCCGUGUCCUUCAUCAUCUGCUGUCUCCAGGAGCGCAUGAGCAAAAAGAGGUCAGAACGGACAGAAGGACGAGGCAGGGCGAGAGACAAGCGCAAAUCAUCCUGGAGGAGCAAGUGCUGGCUGGAGAGAGACGAAGGAGACUGGGAAGCUGUUCCACCACCUAAUAUUUACAACCUUUCCCAUCAUCUUGAUCCCCAUCUCACCCCUGAGAGCCCGUGCUAUAUGGGACUAGCUGGUUAUGAUAACCGCGGGUAUCAGAGGAGUCAGGAAAACCUCCUGAAAGCUCCUCUUCCUGGUCUUUACCGUACAGAAAGUCAGAUGUACCCACAUGUGGUCCUGCAGAGGGUUCCCACUCCCACAGUGCCGAGUGCACCCAGCGCGCCCAUCUACUUCCACUUCUCCACCCCUCCGCCCACAGAAAGCCCCAGUGAGCAGCCCGCUCUUCCACCGUACCCCAGCGCCGCUCCACAGCAUCUGUGGCCAUAG